GUAAACUAGUGAGGAAGAGAAGUUCUAGGUCUCCCAUUAUCCUCGACUGACCCUCUCACCUCCGUGCUCCGGUGCAUUUACGUUUUUACUCCGGCGCCGGGAAUGUGGAUUACGGAUCACCAUUAACAACGUAAAAGCUCUACUGAUACUGCCUUUUGGUUGUCUAUUUGCCUCAACUCUUAACUGUUAGAACCGAUCUGGAGUUAGCCUUCUCUUUCUCUUAAAUGCUUUCCGGGACCAACCCCGGCCGGCGAUCUCUUCGGAGGAUAAAGAACAUACAAACUUCAUUCAAGAAUUAACUCCCUUACCUGUAUCUACUUUAGUUGUGCUUUUGGUUGCACAACAUAAGGAUUGUCUUUCCAGCUUGACUCUGAAUAUACGGAGGGAGUUCUUGUCUUUCUUCGAACAUCAUGGAUCUUACAUGGCUGAGUGCCAUUAUAGUUGGAGCAGGCUGUCUUGCAUUGGGUUAUUGUAUUGGUACACGUCGGCGUUUUUAUCUCUUUGUCUCAGCCAGAGCUUCCAAAGAAAAUGCAGUUGUACAUGGAAAUAAGAAGAAUAAGGCUAAAGAAUCCCUUGAGAUUGAAAAGUUAGCUGAUAUUCUAGAAGAUUUUAAAAUGGUUUUGGUUGUGAGGAACGAUCUUAAAAUGGGAAAAGGAAAAAUUGCUGCCCAAUGCAGUCAUGCUACUUUGGGUCUCUAUAAGAAGGUCCUUCACAGAGCACCAAAAGCCUUGAACAGAUGGGAGAAUUGUGCUCAGCCGAAGGUGGUUCUGAAAAUUGAAAGCGAGGAAGAGAUGCUACUUUUGCAGGAGAGAGCAAAAUCACUCAAGUUACCAACUCAUAUUACAAUUGAUGCGGGAAGAACGCAGAUUGCACCAAAUUCAAGGACGGUGAUGGCUAUUCUUGGACCUGUUGAAGUGGUUGACGAUGUAACUGGUGAACUGAAGCUUUGUAGCCACUUCUCAAAUUAAACUCACUAUUGGCAGAUUGGAGAUUAUGUCUGUUGAAGGGAAUUUUGGCGUUCACCAAACAUUCAUGUUUAAUCCUCACGUUUUCUUCAAUUGCCACUUUUUAUGAUGGCGAAAAUUCAUUUAUGGGACCAUUGACUUUAUGACAGUGGAACUAUAGAAUGUAACUUUGACAAUACGAUGACGUUUUCUUUUUGGUAUUUGCAAAUGGUUUCUUGGAGGUUUAUAAAUCAGAUUCCAUUCAGGGAGAAACUUGAAUGUAGAAUGAUGUUUUACAGUA